ACAGGCUGUCUAUGAGGCCCUGAGAAUGGAGAAGCCACUGAUGGAGAUAGAAGAUGGUGCAAGUCAAGGGUCCAGUCAGAAUGAUGACAUAUAUGAUGACAUUAUUGACUACAGUCAUGAGGAAGUGGAGAAGCUGGUGUACACGUGCCGCCGUCUGCAGGAGGAGAACAUUGAGCUGCUCCAUACAGUCAGCCAGCUGCGUGGCCAGCUGCUGGAACAGCAGAAGGCCCGCCAGCUGCUGCGGAGGAACUUCAGCUCCCUGCUGCUGACGGCCCGCGCCGAGAUCGACCGCAAGGACGUCCGGCUGGCCGAGCUGCAGCGCAG